AUGGUGCAGAUGCAUGGCCAGCCAAGGCGUGGUCUAGAGACGUAUGGGAGUGUGAUUACUAAUAGCAUGGGACAUGCUCAACCCAGCCUCAGCAAUGGGCCUGGGAAGGAAAUCAAGCGUAAGCUUUCGCCCAUUAGAGAAGUGAAUGGGCCAUUAUUAGCUAACUCCUUGCAGCGGCUAGUGAAGACACCUAGCAAUUGGGCUCUAAAGGAAGCUGAGGGACGGUCUAAUAACGAUGGAGUGGAUAAGGUUGUAGGCCGGGCUGGGCUUGGAAAAGAGAAAAAAGGUGUUAAGCCCAGCCAGAGUGAUUCGGUCAAAGACAAGAAAAAUCUAGCACGUGCUAGGGCUCUCCAAGUGAAUUCAUCUGGCGCUGCUGGAGUUGAAAGGGGAAAAUCUUCUUCUUCGAUCCACAUCACUCAAAACCAUAUUGCCCAAAAAUAUGAUGGUGACCAAAAAUCAGGGGUGCCACCGAGUUUUCAGUUCACCGCAGCCUAUUGCCCAGAAACGGACCGGAAGGUGGAAGGGAAUGAUCGUCGAGAAUUUAGGAAUAGGUCGGAGCUAUAUAUCGCUGACAGAGGUUCUGCUCCGAGUGACGGUUGUGCUGGCAGCGAAGGUGGAGCGACGCUAUUGCUGAGCCUAACGUUCUUUGUUCUACACAAGAAGAGCUUAAUGGAGUGUCGACCCGAACUGAUUAAGCUCCGUGGCCUGGCGCUAUGCAAGAGGAGCCGAGCGGAACUAGUAUCCGAGUUGUUCAAUCUUCAUGUGCACUUGAAGAAGGUGAAGAUGGGGAUGCGGAUAUGGUUCUUGAAAGAGGAGGCGAAAGGUGCGUGUAAGCCCUCCUUUCAAAAACAUAUUGGUGAGUUGGUUCGGAGUUAUAAUCCAGCGAUUCUAGUAAUUAUGGAGACUCGUGUUGGGGGUGAUAGGGCAAAAGGAAUCAUUGACAGAUUGCCAUUUGAUGGAUCAUUUCAUACGGACUCUAUUGGGUUUGCGGGUGGUAUUUGGAUGCUGUGGGAUUCAGAGAGGGUGGAUGUCUCACCGCUGGCUAAUACUGAACAGGAAAUACAUGCUUCAGUUAAGGUACGUAAUACUAACUCUAGCUGGCUUUUUACCGCUGUGUAUGCUAGUCCUAGGACUGCUGAAAGACUUAUUUUAUGGAAUAACCUCAUUAAAACUGCUGAGUUACAUAAUAUGCCGUGGAUUUUGGCGGGUGAUUUUAAUGAGCCACUGUCGGCGGAAGAUAAAUUCGGAGGUAGAGUAGUGAGUGUCAAUAGAUCUCUGUUAUUCAAAGAGUGUCUAGAUAAAUGUAAUAUGAUUGAUAUCGGUUUUUCGGGGCCCCGAUUCACUUGGUCUAAUAGAAGAGAAGUCCAAGCUUUAAUCCAAGAAAGAAUAGAUAGGGUUUUUGUUAAUCCCAGCUGGUGUUUAUUGUAUCCGGAAGCUCGAGUGGUUCAUCUUACUAGAUGCCAUUCUGACCAUUGCCCUAUUCUAUUGGAGAUGCAACUGAGAAUUAAUUUGGGGAGAAAGCGGCCUUUAGAUUUCAAACCUGUUGGUUGUUUGAACCAUCUUUUCCAUCUAUUGUGUCUCGAGCGUGGUGUGAGUCUUUCGCUCUUGGAGAUGCAGUUAACAGAUUCACUCAGGAAAAAGAACAUCAUGGCUAGGAUUAAUGGGAUUCAAUGGGCCUUGUCUGUGAGACCUUCUGCAUUCCUUGUUAAUCUGGAAAAUGAGAUUCUCAAAGAUCUAGAUAAAGUGUUGAGUCAAGAAGAAGAGUUGUGGGCUUUAAAAUCCCGGGUUAAUUGGAUGAUACAAGGUGACCGUAACACUACCUUCUAUCAUGUUUCCACCCUUGUUAGAAGAAAAAGGAAUCAGAUUUUAGCUAUCAAGGACUCUAUGGGGGAAUGGGUUCUUGAGGAGAGUGAUGUAAAGGCGGUUGUUAGAAGCGGGUUCAAUGGUAUUUAUACUUCUUCUUUUGUCUCGGUCUCUCGGGCUGCUCCUGUUAUAUCCCAGUGGCAGGCUAGCUUAUCUAAUGAAGAAAGGGAGAGUAUUGGUGGGGCUGUUUCUGUGGAAGAGAUAAAAUCAGCCCUGUGGUCUUUAAAAGCCUUCAAAGCCCCUGGGCCGGAUGGAUUGCAUGCAGGAUUCUUUCACAGAUUUUGGCUGAUUGUUGGUGAUUCAGUGAUUGAUGUAGUAAAGAAGGUUUUUGCGGAAAGGGCUGUCCCGGAAUACUUAAAUAGAACUCUUAUUGCCUUGAUUCCGAAGAUUCAAAGUCCUGAAACGUUGAAUAACUAUAGGCCAAUUAGUCUAUGCAACACGGUGUAUAAGAUUAUUACUAAGAUUAUUGUUGCUAGACUUAGACCUUACUUGGACAAGCUUAUCUCUCCUCUUCAAACAGCUUUUGUCCCGGGAAGGAAAGGCAUUGAUAAUGUGAUUAUAGUGCAGGAAAUCAUUCAUACUCUCAGUAGAAAGAAAGGGAAUGUGGGGUACAUGGCUAUUAAGAUCAAUCUUGAAAAGGCGUAUGAUAAACUUGAGUGGAGCUUCAUAAGGGACAUGCUCUUUAGGGCAAAUAUUCCAGCUGACCUAAUUGACAUUAUUAUGAGUUGCAUAUCCACGGUAUCGACUUCUAUUUUGUUUAAUGGGGAAGCUCUGGAUCCGAUCUAUCCUAUGAGAGGCAUAAGGCAGGGAGAUCUCCUAUCUCCGUACUUAUUCAUUCUAUGUAUGGAGUUUCUUGGGCAUCUCAUUGAAGAGAAAUGUACUGCUAAGAUUUGGCAACCCAUAAAGGCCUCGUGUGGUGGGCCGGCUUUCUCUCAUUUAUUUUUUGCAGAUGAUUUAGUGCUAUUUGCCAAAGCUGAUCACAUUAAUUGCUCGGCUGUGAGGGACGUCAUUGAUGAGUUUUGUAGUGCUUCGGGUCAAUCAGUGAGUGCCGCUAAGUCUAGAGUCUGUUUCUCGCCUAAUGUGGAUAGGGAUUCUAGGGAGUCUUUUUGUGAUAUUCUUGGUUUUGCCUCAACUCCUUCACUUGGCAAGUAUCUUGGAAUUCCUAUUAAGCACCCCGGAUCUUCCCCUCAAGAUUUUAACUUCAUUCUUGAUAGGGUUAAAAAUAAGUUAGCGGGAUGGAAAGCUAACUUGCUAUCUUUGGCUGGGAGGGCAGUCCUUAUUCAAGCUUCUUUGGCGGCUAUCCCUGCAUAUGUCAUGCAAUGUACACACAUUCCGAACAAAAUAUUAGAGGGAGUUGAUCGGAGGUUGCAUGUUGAAAAAGAAGCAUUAUGGGCCCAAGUUCUAAGGAAAAAGUACUGCAACCAGAGGAGGACCAGCUCUGCUAAUGCAGAUAGACUGCCAUGUUUGCAAAUUUGGAAAGCUGUUAAGAUAGGGAGGGGUACUUUCAAUGAGGGUAGCAUGUGGACGGUUGGAAGGGAUAGCAAUCUCAGUUUUUGGUGGGAUAAUUGGACGAGUAAGGGACCCCUCCGCUGUAUGAUACAAGGUCCUCUAAUCCAAGGAGCUAAUCAAUGGAAGGUAUGUGAUUUACUUUCAGAUUUUAGUUGGGAUUGGGGGCGGAUUCCUUUUGAUCUCCCUGCCAAGGUAAAGCCCAUAAUCCAAGCCAUUCCCAUUCCUAUCACGAGUAGAGGUCAAGAUAGGCUUGCUUGGUCAGGUAAUCCAAGGGGCACUUUCGAUCUUCGGAGUGCCUAUUCAAUUGCCACGGCUGAUAUAGAUACUCCUUUGUUCAGUUCUGGGUGGAUUUGGAAGCUUGAAACGCUGCCUAAGAUCAAAACUUUCCUUUGGAUGUGCCAACAUAAUAGCAUAGGUGUUAGGAGUUGCCUUGCUAAGAGAGGGGUGACAAUUGAAGAUUUAUGUCCAAUCUGCCAAAGGGUUCCGGAAUCAAUUAUUCAUGCCACCAGAGAUUGUGAGUGGGUUAAGGGAAUCUGGAUGCAGCUAGGUGUGAGUGCUUCUAACUGGGAUUUUUGGAUGAGUAAUCUUCAAGAUUGGAUCAACCUUAAUGGGAGGACCAAUUGCAGCCGUGCCCAAGAGAAACCCCCUAGGAAAAUUACUUUUUCUUUUGCUAUGUGGUGCUUAUGGAAAAACCGGAACAUGGUUGUCUUUCAUGGGAAAAGGGUGAACCAAAAUCUGCCUAAGGAGAUAAUGGACCAAGUAUUAGAGUUUAUCUACUGUGUGCAAUCUCCCAGGAGUCCAAAUCACAAAAUCAGUAGAAAUCUUCGUUGGGAAAGGCCUCCAACGGGCUGGAAGAAGCUUAACACAGAUGGAUCAUGCUUGGGAGGGUCGGAUAGAGCUGGAUGUGGUGGCCUAGUAAGGGAUGAGCAUGGAGAAUGGGUUGCGGGCUUUACAAGACACAUUGGCUCUACAAGUAGCUUCAUAGCUGAAUUAUGGGGGCUGAGAGAGGGUCUUUUACUUUGCUGUAAUUUAAACAUUGAAUCCCUUAUGGUUGAAUUGGAUGCUCAAGCUGUGGUGGAUGUAUUGAAGAACAAUGCCUAUGAAAAUAACGUUGUUUCUCCCAUUUUGGAUGGCUAUAGACUCUUGGCAGCUCGGUUUCAUCAUAUUCAGUUUAAUCAUUGUUAUCGUCAAGUCAACCGUUGUGCGGAUUUGCUUGCUAAAAUGGGUGCUGCUCAGGAGCUUGAUUUUAUUUCCUUUGUAAGUCCACUUGUGGACAUUUGCAAUGCCUUUGAGGAUGAAUUGAAUGGUGUUUAUUGUAAUAGGAUGUGUCCUGCUACUGCUGUAAGUUUUUAG